UAUGACGAACUUCCUGCUUUCAGUUGUCUCUCGUCAUUAAACUGUUGGACAUGGCUUGAAAGUACAAACAAUUUCCAUACGUAUAUUCUUGAGUACGCGGUUGUCAUAAUAAUGAAACAGCUAACGUGGUUAUGUGAAAGUUCAGAAUGUGUAUGAUGUAAGUAGGGGUUGAUUUUGUAUUAGGCUGUGUCUCAAGGACGUGGAAAGAGGAAGACAACCUCGAGUAUGGAGAAGGGGACUCGAUUAAUUGUUAGCUUACGUUACGGAUAAAUUCAAAUGGAUACUAAGUAUAUAUUGACUACAAAGUACGUGUUAUCAACAUAUCCACUGCAGCACACGAUUUUCAGGCCAUGUCCAUAUAUGUUUUAGCUAGUUCCGUAAUCUAAACCCCAUCCGACAGCUACGGCAAAAGGGGGAUAUUUUCUCGAUUGAAGGGAAUAUAUGGGAUCGCAAGUUUCAUCUGUUGAAAUGAGUGUGCGCGCGGGGCAGGGUAGCGACGAGGUUCUGGUGUCCCAAGCGGUGUGGGACUACUUGGCUGCCGCCGGCCGGCCCUGGCUCAUAGACUUCCAGGACAAGCAGGGCCUCAGCGCAGGCAUUAUCCGCAGAGGGGAGCGGGGAGGCUGCUGCGCAGUGCGGCUACGCCCCGUAGAGGGCUCCCGUUCUGGGGGAGGACCAGGGAUGAUGGAGGGGGGACCCAUCUCCAAUGAGACACGCAAGUCCUUCAUAGACUUAUGCCGCUGUGCCCGGAAAGAGAUGAGCAAACAGGAGGGGGGUCCUAAGUGGAAGAGGUCCGUGCUGCCCUGUGUUGGGGUGAGGGUCCUGGAGGGGGAUGGAGAGGGGAGCCUACUAACACCUCAGCCUCCCCAGCCCAGACGCUCUCAGAGGCAGCAACAGAGGUGUAGAAAGCCUGCGGAGGAUGAGGCCUGUGUGGUCCUCUCCAACUCCAUGAAUUCCAUGAACUGCAUGUCCCACGAUGCAUCAGGACAGAGGAAGCAGGACAACAUGGAAGUCAACUGCAGUAUGAUGGCAUCUUCUCAUAGCCACUCCCAGAGUGAAGCAGACGACCACACCUCAUGUUCCAUCUGCAUGGGAGACAUGGUGGAGAGGACCACGCUGGAGAGGUGUGGCCACACAUUCUGCCGGUCAUGUCUGGACCAGGCCUUCAAGGUGAAGAGAGCAUGUCCGGUGUGUCGUCUGGUGUACGGCCAGCUCAUAGGGAAUCAGCCGGCUUCCGGGACUAUGAUGGUGGAGAGGGACCCAGAUCUGGAAUUGUCGGGACACGAGGGCUACGGGUGUAUCUGCAUCAUCUAUAGCUUCACACCUGGUCUACAGGCGCCGGAGCACCCUAACCCUGGUGUAAGCUACCCGGGUACGGACCGCGUGGCUUACCUCCCAGACAGCCCAGAGGGGAACCGGGUCCUGGGCCUGCUCCGCCGGGCCUUUGAGCAGCGCCUCAUCUUCACUAUAGGGACCUCCAUGACUACGGGAAUGCAUAACGUCAUUACCUGGAAUGACAUCCACCACAAAACCUCCAUAUGGGGCGGACCACGCUGCUUUGGCUACCCAGACCCCACUUACCUGGUGAGAGUGACUGAGGAACUCCGAGAGAAAGGCAUCACUGCGGACUGACCGUCCAGAUUCCAGAAUGUUCCAUUCUAGGAACACUAGGAAUUCUAGGAACCUCUAGCUGUCUUGCUGCUGGUGGUUGCUAGGCUGCAGGCUCCUGGACCUAGACCCAGCAGGGCUGUGGAUGAAUUCGACAGGGGACAGGGCUUUUAGCUCCACAGCAGAAACAGGACUACAAGACUCUCGUAUCACUCCAAGACCUCUUUUAUGUGGAAAAUCCUAACUUCCACUUAAAUUGAAUUUUCAUUUAAUCAUGCAUUGAUGUCAAUGGGAGACCAUUCAACUUAAGUGGAAGUGAAAAUUUGUCUUAAGUGGAAUUUAGGUUUCACCCUUGUGUUCCUGUGUUAGGUAUCGAUCUUCUGCUCAAUCCAGCAGCACUUUGUGUGGAAGAAAACAUAAAAGUGAGAGCAAUGUGAUUUUCAGUGUGACACAAUCCUCUACCUUUCACCUGGUGUUGACAAUAGCAGGACAUUCUUUUUGCUGAACUCAUCCGAGCAGUUAUAAUAUAGGGAUUUAAUAAAUUGAUAAGUAAUCAGUACUUAAAUAUUAUUUUGAAAUCUAAGUAAAAGAGAAGUCUAUUUUGCCUGAUAUCUUUAUUUCCAUGCUGGGGGACACGUUCUCUAUUUACCAGUUGCAAGCGCACAUUAUUGGUGGUCUUUCCAGUACGUUCGUAGAAUAAUUAUCUUUUUCUUUAAUUAUUUUCCGUGAUAACCUGUUACUUACAGUUUGUACAAAUACCAUAUCUGAGAUAGGUGGCAGGCAGAAUAGCACCGUCUGCUUCAAUAGAAAGCUUCAAACUAAAUCAUUUAAUUUCUCUAAAAGACGUUGCAAUCUAAAGCACUCACAGGCACUUUGACCAAGGGAGUCGGUCAGUCGUUCAGUGGAGGGCUGGUUGUUCUCUGCAUAUCAUUAGAAUUAUCAUUGUUCUCUGCUACCUUUUCAGGGAAGACUAGUCUAUGGAAUAGUGCUCUGAGCAAAUCGGGGAGGUGUUAGUCGUUAACAGCCCUGAAGCUAAUAGCCUGGUAAGCUAGAAGUUGAUGUCAAUUUGCUUUGAGCCCUUCAUUUCCCUUUUGAUCUUCCUCUCCUUUGAUUUCUUCACAUAGGAAGGUUUUCUAUUUGUGCUGGUCUAGGAUCGGUGUGGCCUUUUU